UUCGCGAAUCUCCGAUCAAACGAACUGGUUUCAGGCAGCGCAUUCUGAUCGAGAACAAGCUUGACAGCAUAUACCGUCGAUCGAGGUUUGCUCUGAGGAGUGGACCAGCGCAGCGGCCUCGGCAUCAACUAGUUCUCGAGAGGCCAUCUCCACGCGCACGCACACGCACACGGGGAGACAAAGAGAAAGAGAGGAAAACAUGUCAGACCAAAAUCACGCACCUACGUCCCGGUCGAAGCCGCCACCGCCGGGCGAGGAGGAGGCGGGCGCGGUGCUCAAGCUGGGCGAAUUCGAAAACGUUGACACACUGACGCUCUCGGAGGCGUCGCUGGUCCUCGACGCGCUGCUGACGAAGCGGCGCAAGGAUCGCAAGGACCGUAACGAGACGGACGUGCUCAACAAGACGCUCGACUACCUCGACGCGUUCGCCCGCUUCAAAGAGAAGGAGAAUGUCGAGGCCGUCGAGCGGCUGCUCAGCGCACGCAAGGAGCUGACCAAGUUUGAGAGGGCGCAGAUUGGAUCUCUCUGCUGCGACGGCGCCGAUGAAUGCAAGACCAUGAUCCCUUCCCUUGCCGACAAGAUCAGCGACGAGGAUCUGCAGGAGCUGCUGGAUGAGAUGGCCAAGCGGAUGAGCCAUUAAGGAGGCACCGGACAAAAACCAAGAAAAAAAGGAAAAAAAAAAAAAAAAGAGAAAAUCCUUCUGCUGGUGGACACAUGCAGGUUCUGGCCCUGUUCCUGUUGGUGACCAUACACAUAAUGGUAACCUCUUCCUGCAGCAAUAUCCUAACUUCAAGAGCGGAGUGGAAGAGGGGCAAGUAACCUUCACGGUACAAAUCCGCCGUGUUGCCUAUCUACGCCCUUGAGGGCAAACCUCGGGCGAAGGACACGGCACACAAUGGUUCGAUAGGAGGUUAGGUGUGUCUUUCCUCUUCUUCCUGUGGCAUUACUAGAUAGUUCCCAGCGCUGUUCUGACAUAACAUUGAGAUACCCACAC